GAGAGCCUCACCGCCCAGCAUCACCACCACGCUCCACCAUGGCCGCCCGCACGCUGAGAAUCGGCCUUAUUCCCGGCGACGGCAUUGGCCGCGAGGUUAUCCCCGCGGGCCGCCGCAUCCUCGAGGCGCUCCCGUCGUCGCUCGGGCUCAAGUUCAGCUUCUCGCACCACGAGGCCGGGUGGGCGACGUUCCAGAAGCAGGGCGUCGCGCUGCCCGAGGACACGGUGGCGGCGCUGAAGUCAGACUGCGACGGCGCGCUGUUCGGCGCCGUAUCGUCCCCCACGGUCGCAACAAAGGGCUACUCGUCGCCCAUUGUCGCGCUGCGCAAGCGUCUGCAGCUGUACGCCAACGUGCGGCCCGUCAAGUCGGUCGCCUCCGCGCGCAACCCCGUCGACCUCGUCAUCGUGCGCGAGAACACGGAGGAUCUGUACGUCAAGGAGGAGAAGACGUACGCGGCGCCCGACGGCAGCAAGAUCGCCGAGGCCAUCAAGCGCAUCUCGGAGACGGCGUCGUACAAUAUCGCGGCCAUGGCCGGCGACAUUGCGCUGCGCCGCCAGCGCGUGCGCGACGCGGGGAACGCCUCGAUACACGACCGCCCCCUCGUCACCAUCACGCACAAGUCCAACGUGCUCUCGCAGACGGACGGGCUGUUCCGCGAGACGGCGCGCCGCGCGCUGGCCGAGCCCAAGUAUCAGCUCGUCGACGUCGAGGAGCAGAUUGUCGACUCGAUGGUGUACAAGCUGUUCCGCCAGCCGCAGGACUACGACGUCAUCGUGGCGCCGAACCUGUACGGCGACAUCUUGUCCGACGGCGCGGCCGCGCUGGUCGGCUCGCUGGGCCUCGUGCCGUCCGCCAACGUCGGCCGCGACUUUGUCAUCGGCGAGCCGUGCCACGGGUCCGCGCCUGACAUUGAGGGCCAGGGCAUCGCUAACCCCAUCGCCACCAUCCGCUCCACGGCGCUGAUGCUCGAGUUCCAGGGCGAGGAGAAGGCGGCCGCUGCUAUCUAUGCUGCUGUCGAUGCUUGUCUGGAGGAGGGCCGCUUGCUCUCGCCCGACCUCGGCGGCACCGCCAAGACGAACGAGAUUGUCGAGGAUAUCUGCAAGCGCCUGUGAUGUGGUGAGCAGGUGUCUGGUAAAAACAUGAACGCAGUGUAGCACAAUGUAGACUAGAGUAGAUGCAGUAGUGACACGUGCAUUCAGUAUUCCUCCAGCCUCUCUAUCCAGGCACUCCCACUCCAGCCUCUCUAUCCACGCACUCCCGCUCCAGCGCUUCUAGUCCAGAUCGUCAUUGCCCGUCUCCUGCUGCUUCUUCCCCUCCCCCGUCUUUCCCUCCUCAGGCUUCGGCAGCGGCCGGCCGUGCAGCUCCUGGAAUUCUUCCUCGGCGCUCUUGGCGCCGUCCUUGACCGCCUGCGCGGUGGGACAAAGCUGGAUAACGACGACGAGCAGCUCCGUGUCCGACUCGCGGUCCUUGAGCGUGUAUC